AACAGUGAAACCCUCCCACAGAGGUGAGAGCGCAGAUGACAUGAGGAAAGCGACCGCACCGCCAGAGCGCAACGACCGACGCACCGCGCGACCUCAGCCCGACUCCCUGCGCUUUGCUCCGGGAUGCUUUUAGCGCAGCGACGCCUCCACUCAGGGCAGCGCGUGGACGUCAGAAGCAGAUCGCCGACACUCUUUUCGUUGUUGUAGUUAUUUUUUUGAACGGAGGAUCUCCCCCCCCGGCAGCCAACCACCUCCCUGACCCCCCUCCCCUCAGCUCCCCCGCCCCGUCCCUCCCGUUUCAAGUGUUUAUGUUUGUUUCUUCAUGACUGCUGCUUUGGGAAGCGAGCCUCAGCACCAGCUCCAGCAACGGCAACACCAUGCGAGCCCAAAUCGAAGUCAUACCUUGCAAAAUCUGCGGAGACAAAUCAUCAGGCAUCCACUACGGAGUUAUCACAUGUGAGGGAUGUAAGGGUUUCUUCAGACGGAGUCAGCAGAACAAUGCGUCCUACUCCUGCCCCCGCCAGAGGAACUGCCUCAUCGACAGAACAAACCGCAACCGAUGCCAACACUGCCGCCUGCAGAAAUGUCUCGCCCUCGGAAUGUCCAGAGACGCUGUGAAGUUUGGUCGCAUGUCCAAGAAGCAACGCGACAGCCUAUAUGCAGAGGUCCAGAAGCACCAGGCGCGGCUGCUGGAGCAGCGGCAGCAGCAGACGGGCGAAGCGGAAGCUCUAGCACGAGUUUACUCCACCAGCCUGACCAACGGACUGUCCACCCUCAACCAUGAGAUUGGGGGCACCUAUGCCAACGGUCACGUCAUUGAGCUGCCCAAGGCCGGCCAUGGUAAUGGAGGUGGAGUCCAAGGGGGAUACUAUGGGAUGGAUUCUACCCAGCCAUCUCCAGACCAGUCGGGUUUGGACAUGUCGGGCAUGAAGCACAUCAAACAGGAGCCGGUGUACGACCUGACGCCAGUGCCUAACCUGUUCAGCUACGGAGGUUACCAGGACAGUCAGCUGGGACCCAACAACGUCAGCAUGGGAGAGCUGGACCGUAUUGCUCAGAAUAUCAUCAAGUCCCACUUGGAGACAUGUCAGUACACCACAGAGGAGCUGCAGCAGUUAGCCUGGCAGACACACUCCUACGAAGAGGUCAAGAUGUACCAGAGCAAGCCUCGGGACGUGUUGUGGCAGCAGUGUGCCAUCCAGAUCACCCACGCAAUCCAGUACGUGGUGGAGUUCGCCAAGCGCAUCUCAGGGUUCAUGGAACUGUGCCAGAACGACCAAAUCCUGCUGCUCAAGUCAGGUUGUUUGGAGGUAGUCUUGGUGCGGAUGUGCAGGGCGUUCAACCCUCUCAACAACACGGUGCUCUUUGAAGGGAAGUACGGAGGCAUGCAGAUGUUCAAAGCUCUCGGUUGUGACGACUUAGUGAGUGCAGUGUUUGACUUUGCCAAGAGUUUGUGUUCACUGCAGCUGACAGAGGAGGAGAUCGCUCUGUUCUCGGCAGCUGUACUCAUUUCCACAGAUCGCCCGUGGCUAAUGGAGCCUCGGAAAGUCCAGAAGCUCCAGGAGAAGAUCUACUUUGCUCUGCAGCACAUUAUGCAGAAAAACCACAUGGACGAAGAUGCAUUGGCAAAGCUGAUCAGCCGAAUCCCGACGUUGUCCGCCCUGUGCACGCUGCACACCGAGGAGCUCCAGGCCUUCCAGCAGCUGCACCCAGAAACCGUCAACGUCCUCUUCCCUCCGCUCUACAAAGAACUCUUCAACCCCGACCCCAACUCCGCCAUGGCCAUGCCCAAGUGACUGCCUGCGGUCCCGAUGCAACAAACAGCAUCAGCGGACGACGGAGAAAACGAGAAGACAGCCGCGCCCGACCAGACGAGCACAGACGCGGCGACCAUGUCAUCGACGCGGCAGCCGCGUAUCCCUGCGCUCCCCGAGCCUCAUUUCAUGCCGGGGGGAGAGGAGUCAUCCGCCAGAAACUUACAGUUACCGCCAACAAUACUAGGAAUGUCGAGCACUUAUCCCAUCCUGUUCACCGAUACAGUCUGAAGAAUGUAUAUAUAAAUGAAACUCGCCCCGAGCCACAACACACGUGGGGUUUCCUCCCGUCUUCUGAACUGACUGACCAGAAAUGUACAGACUUUAAAACAUCUAGGAACAAUUGUAAGCUGUCAAUCUUUAAAAGAAAUGGGUAAGUUAAUUUGUUUCAACACUGAAAAAAUCUUUGGGGUUUGUUUAAUUUUUUUUGUUUUUUUUUACAUGAGGAAAUGAAGGUGAAGUUUAAGAAGGCCAAUGGGGAAGGGAACUGUUGAUUUAGAAAAGCUAUUGUAGAUAUUCUUCUAGUGCAGAGCGGAUUCCAGUAUUACUUCUUGUUCUGUUAAAAUAAGUUAGUAAUUUAAAUAUACAGCAGCCCGCUGUGGCUGACUAUACCUUGUCUAUGUGUUUUUGUUUUAUUUGAUAGAUUUUUGUGUACAGAAUUUGUAAAGUCCAGACUUUUAAAAGAAUAUUGGGUAAAACCAGGAAUCGAUUCGGGUUCUGUUGAUAUAUAGAAGCCUUGUCUGGAUUUUGUUCAUAUGUAAAGAAGGUAAUGCAUCCUUCUAAUGAGAACUUAUUAAGAUGUAAAGAGAGCUUAUGACGGAUUUUAAAAGAAAAUAAUGGCUACUACUUUUCAAGUUGAAGACAUAUACAUAAAUAUUCUAUUUUCCAAGAAAAAUAAUCUGGCAGAUUUGCCAGUUUAUCAAUCAUUUUCUUCGCGCUGCAAUAAUUACGUGAAAUUCAAUGCUGGACUGCUUUUGAACAAUCAACCCAAAACAAACAACAAUCAGAAACUAGGACCUCGCAUUAAACCCAGUCUCACCCUGCCCUUCAUUUAUUAUGUAUUAGGGCCUCAACAUGAGAAAAACAGAGGUGGAUAGAAAUCCCAAUAAAGAAGUGGAGGAUAAAAAAUCCACCAAUAAAAGAUGACAAAAUCCAACCUGAAUUCAACUCACAACUUUAGAAGCUUCAUAAACCCGUGAGUGCUGUAUGCUCUCACCCCUCCCAUCACUAUUUGCACAAUUCAGUCGGUGGAUGUCAAUCACUCCAGGCUGAGAAUAUGGAGGACCCUUUUCUCUAAAGAGCAAUAACUUUCACACUGCCUUCCUGAUCUUACUUCUAUCCUUUCCUCCUCUGCAUGUUCUCAGCUGUUCAGAACAGGGUUGCAGUUUAAAACUAAAAUGCACUAUAUUUGACUCUCUUCGUCAGUGUCUAACGAUCAUCUCAUUCCACCACUCUGCAUGGUUUCAAUUUGGCACAAUAUUGAUCUGGGGUUAGGGAAUAGCACAGAGCACUGACUGACAGAUGUGAAGAAAUACAGAGUUUGAUCCAAUCCAGUCAUCUUUAACACUUAAAGCUGCAAUAUUACAUUGACAAUUCACACAGAAAGCUGUGAUAGACAAUCAUUUUUUGUUUUUCAUGUCAGUCACUGUAUAAUCAUUAGCACUUACAGAUUGAUAUCAUUUUUUUGCUUUUUCUACAUUAAUGGUGAUUAUCAUUUGGCCACUGUGUAAAGUCAGUUUUACCGUAAGACUAAUUACCAAAAUAAGUGACCCACAACCCAAUAAUAAACCAACAUUGAUCAGCUAAUUAUACCGUAUAAUUACAGUUUGUUCUCUAAAUAUUUGUAGACAAAUUACAAUUUUACAGUGAUUUUAUGACUGAGAAUCAAGUUAUUUAGCACUAAAAUUGUUUGUUGUUUGCAAAUGUUCUUUGCGCAGUGGCCAAAUGUCCAACUUGCUCAGACUCCUUAACAUUAAAACACUCGAUCAUUUCCAUCCUCACAUGUUUUUUUCAUAUGGUGAACAAAACGAUGUCGGCCGCAUGGGAAACGAGUGUCACUGUUAAACACUAGGGAUCGGCUCAAACGAUCCGCUGGAUUCUUCCUUUGACCCCUGACCCGACCCCAGAUCAGAGGCCAGUGACUCUCUAAGACAAUCACUUGCUCAUUAAGGCUUGAUGCACUACAAAGCAUCUCUCAGGGAAAAGCUCUUUUUCUGACUUCGCAUUAAAAGAGGGUUUGAUAUUUUUGCAAAUUUACGAGAGAAAAGGUCAUGAUAAAAUUAACUUUUUAAAAUAAAAACGGCAUACGCCGCAAAGGUAUGCUGGCAACGGAAUGCGCCCAGACAAGGCUUUGAUAAGUGUGUGUAUGUGCUAAUAGAGCAUGAAUUCACUGUCCACAUCUCUUUAGAGCCCAGACUUUAUGAUGAACAUUGUUACAUAGCACAUGAGGGAAAACAAAAAGUAUAUGUAGUGUGUGUUGGUGUGCUUUUGUCAACACUGUACAAUCGUGUUUACUGCUUAUUUUGCUGCUUUUGGGACAGUGAGGGGAGUCCACUGGUAAGCUAUGAGACAAGCGCCAUCACAACACCCCUGGGACAGUGAAUUCCAACUCUGAAUAUGAAGUUUUUGUGUGUGACCCUAUUAUUUUCCCUUGUUAGACUGUGAAUCAGAGGGAUUGGAUGGGGUUAUGAAAGGGCAUGUGCUGGCAAGAACGAGUGGCAACGCAACACUGUAAGUACGAUACUGUAGCAAUAAGAACUGAAGGCAUUUACUACUGUCAUGUUUGCAUUGUAAGAUUAUUUUUUAUUUUAUUACUAUUUACUAUUAUUAUCGUUCUUAUUAUGACUACUAUUCUUCUAUUACUAUUAUCCUAUUGUUGUUUUGUUCUAUUUGCAUGACGUUUCAUUGCAAUGAAACAUUUGGGGCUUAUUUGUGUUUUUUUCUUCUCAUGAUAUUGUGAGUUUCGGGAGUGGGGGGCGUUAUCGACAAAGGGGGCAUAGGGUUCAGGGCAAAUUUCACCUUAAUUCAGUCAGUUCAAAGAAAUUCCUUUCACAAGCUGGAAUUUUUUGAAAAAUAAAAUGCUCUUAUUUAUACACAACCAAUUUAAAUGUUGUUCGAUUAAAUUUUUUUUUUCUCAACCUUUGAAUGUGUGGGAUAGUAUAGUAACAGUGAACUGCCCUUUCUGAACUGGCCUUAUUGAACCAGAUUAGAGACCGUCAACCGGCAGCGGGUGGGUGUGGGUGGGGGUGAGGGGGGGUAUCUAUUCUGAAUGUUAUGGAGUAGCCGGUUCAGUGUGAGGGGCUGAACACAUCACGCGCCUUUACCACUCCAUCAACACAGAAUGACAUCUGAGAGCGCACAAUGCAACUAGACAUCAUCCAGACUCACACAAUCUGCGCAGGAAUUUGUAAUACACUUCAAAUUUUCAUUUCCUACACUUAGUCAAAUUUACUCCAACCCAAACAUCUUCCCUUUUCUGAGAAAACCUUUGUGAGUGUGUGUGGGAGAGCGAGAGAAUAAAGUGUUCUACCAAUGCUUUGUAUACUUUCUUAAUGCAUAACACAGUGGGCGAAGUGUUGAAAUGUUAAUUUAUUGUUUAAAAUGUCUUUACGUCCUAGCAAGAGCAAGUGAAACGAAAAUGUAGCAAUCUGUAACCGAAACCUAGAAGGUUAUUGGUCUUCAGCACCUCUUAAACAGGACUAACUAAACUAAAAAUACAAUAAAAUGAGACCUUUUCUUUGUUGUUUUCAAAGUGCCAUAGCUAGUGAGGAGAAAAAGGAUUGGUAGAGUGAGGCGUAGAUGCUCUACUAUGUGAGUUUACUUGAAAAAAAAA